AUGACCAUCAAAAACUUGUCAAUUGAAUAUGAUGCCAUCAACAGCCAAAACACCUUCACAAAUGGAGAUACCAUCAAUGGAAGAAUCAUCUUAGAGGUUUCUAAGGAAGUCAAAGUCCAAUCGCUUGUUUUUUUAGCAAAAGGAAAAGCUAAUGUCUGCUGGACUGAACAUUACGGACAAUAUAAUUUUUAUGUGUACCACUCUAAGGAAAAAUAUUAUGAUGUCAAACAUCAUAUCUUGAGAGAGGCAAGACAAGAUGGCACUGAGGUCAUUGGUAAAGGAAGACAUGUAUUUCCUUUUUCCUACAAGAUUCCUAACAGAAAAAUCCCAUCAUCUUUCAAAUCCUGCGUGGGCAAAAUUGUUCACAAGCUGAAGGCAGAACUUAAACAAUCAAUGAAGGUGACAAAAACCGCCAAAACCCACUUCACAUUCGUGUCCAAAGCAGACAUGGAUAUUCCCGGACUUAUGGAACCUCAGUAUGGCUGCAAGGAUAAAACUGUCAAAGCUUUUGGCUCUGGAAACAUUUCCAUGGAUGUUCACACCAAGCGAAUGGGCUACAUACAAGGUGAGGCUCUUAAAGUCACAGUUGAAGUCAACAACCGCUCGACUCGUUCGGUGAAGCCCAAAUUCAUACUGUACGAGAAGAAGAGUUACUUCGCCAUGGGUCGCAGGAAAGUUUCCACUAAUGAGAUCCUUAAGGAGAAGAUUGAGGCCAUUGCACCCUCUGGGAAUGAGACUGUGACCAAGGUGAUCACAAUCCCCAGGGAACUGCCUGCUUCCAUCUUGAACUGCUCCAUCAUCAAGCUGGAGUACAGGCUGAAGAUCAAUCUCAACAUCAAAUAUGCUUCAAACCCAGAGAUCAAACUCCCUAUAGUCGUCCUCCCUGAGGUUCUUCCUAUGAAACAACAACCUGCUGCAGACUUCUGUGGCUUUGAGGCAUUUGAGAAGCCGUCCCAAGGAGCCUCUGGCAUGGCACCUCCACCACAAGCAUCAGCUCUGGAUCCUCCACCUCCCUAUGAAGCAUAUGGAAUGUACCCUUCUAACUAUGCAGAUGAGAUGUGA